UCGAGAAACAACAAAUGAACAUGGCCAUCGGCCGUGUGAGAAAUUGGCUUGUAAACUUGGCAACAAAGCCAUUUGCCCAGAUAUGUACAGAACAAGGGUUGCUGGCUAAUCAGCAUAAUCAGUUAAAUCAGAUUAGAACAAAGAUGGUAGACCAUAAAAUGGCUCGGGAUAACAAAAGGAGAAAAAUACUUCAGGAACAUGGCCCUGAGAGAUUCCGUGUCAACAUGGUCCGAAAAAGCAAAGCAAUACCAAGAGAAAUAAAAGAGCUUGCUGAUAAGGAGAUUAGACAGUUUCCACUAAACAGUGCGUACACUAGAAUCCAUAAUAGGUGUAUACUGACUUCACGUCCUCGUGCUGUGCUGAAAAGAUGGCAUGUCAGUCGAAUUAUGUUUCGCCAUCUUGCGGAUUACAAUAAACUCUCAGGAUUUACAAGAUCGUCAUGGUGAUAUUUAACUCAUAAUGAGAUUGUGUAUUAUUACUCAAUUUGUUAAAAAAAUACAAUUAUACAUGCAUUAAUAAAAUAUCAUUUUAUCGAAA